AUGGCCGAGCCACCGCGGACUGUAUUGAUCUCCGGCUGCUCCACAGGAAUUGGCCUGGAGCUCGCAGUGCAGCUGGCUCAAGACCCCCGGCAGCGCUUCCAGGUGGUGGCCACCAUGAGGGAUCUGGGAAAGAAGGGGAUGCUGGAGGCAGCUGCCGGAGAGGCUCUGGGUCAGACCCUCACCGUGGCCCAGCUGGACGUGUGCAGCGAUGAGUCGGUGGCCCAGUGUCUCAGCUGCAUCCAGGGAGGAGAAGUGGACGUGCUGGUGAACAAUGCUGGAGUGGGCUUGGUGGGUCCCAUCGAGGGGCUCAGCCUAGCUGCCAUGCAGAAGGUCUUUGAUACCAACUUUUUCGGGGCUGUCCGUCUGGUCAAAGCUGUGCUUCCUGGCAUGAAGAAACGGCGACAGGGCCACAUCGUGGUGGUCAGCAGUGUCAUGGGGCUGCAGGGUGUCGUGUUCAACGAAGUCUACGCAGCCUCCAAGUUUGCUCUGGAGGGAUUCUUCGAGAGUCUAGCCAUCCAGCUGCUCCAGUUCAACAUCUUCGUCUCCCUGGUGGAGCCCGGCCCGGUGGCCACCGAAUUUGAGGGGAAGCUGAUGGAGCAGGUUUCCACGGCCGAGUUCCCAGGCACCGACCCCGACACCCUGCGCUACUUCCGGGAUUCCUACCUCCCAGCCUCCAGGGAGCUCUUCCGCAACGUGGGGCAGAGCCCACAGGAUGUGGUCCAGGCCAUCGUCAACGUCAUCGGCUCGGCCAGACCACCCCUGCGCCGACAGACCAACGCCCGCUACUCCCCACUGACCGCGCUCAAAGCCGUGGACCCCUCGGGCGGCCUGUAUGUGCGAACCACCCACCGCCUGCUCUUCCACUGGCCGCGCCUCCUCCACCUUGGCCUUCGAUGCCUGGGCUGCGGCUGCCUCCACCGCCGGGUCCAGCCCCGCUGAGCAGAGCCUCGCCCGCCCCUCCUCACCCCUGAGCAGCCAGGCCUUUCUAGUCCACACCCUGCUAGAGGCCAGUACAGACUCUGUGUUCAUUCAUUCAGUCAGCAAACUCUGCCUGACCUGCUCUGUGCCUGGGCAUUGCCGGGACGCCGGAGACCUCCAGGCACACACCCCUCCAUGGUCAGGGCUGGGGCAGAGAGAGCCACCCCGGGGCCCUGGGCCGAGAAGCCCAGAGCAGGGAGCUAGAGUGGUGUCUGGGAAGGCAAGGGAGGCUCCCUGGAGGAGGAGGCAUUGUCGAUGGACUUUGAAGAAUGGGACAGGCUGCCUCAUUCAACCUCAGGACUUCAGUGUCUGGAGCCUGGGAAUACGAGGAUGAUCCAAAGCCACCUCCACACUGAGCUGGGUUGACUAAGAGGGCUCCAGACUGUUCUGGUCACGCACUCCAUCAGCA